CACCGACCCCGGAAGUAGCAGCUGGUGCUUUCAAGAGAGGGGCCGUGGUGCCCAGUCAGACAGCUGAGAGGACAAUGGAAAAGUGAUGACCGCGGGCAUGGGUGCUGGGUAAGGAGAUACCAACCUAAAACGAAUUCCUCCAGACAUGAUUAAUUGGAUCCUGGGAGCUGAAAGGCAUCCUGCUAUGUCUGAAUAACAUUUACACAAUUUCUGAGGACACUCUCAUAAACCAUGCAGUCCUCAGGCCACAGAUUCCGUGAUGUUGAGCAUCAUCCUCUUCUCAAUGAAAGUGAUGGCUAUGAUUCUUCACCAUCAGAAAAUGAUGUAGCUGACAAGAUUUGGUUUAUACGAGAUGGAUGUGGCAUGGUCUGUGCCGUGAUUACAUGGAUGCUGGUCUUCUAUGCGGACUUUGUGGUGACAUUUGUUAUGCUCUUGCCUUCCAGAGACUUUUGGUAUUCUGUCAUUAACGGAACUCUCUUUAACUGCUUGGCUGUACUUGCUUUGACAUCCCACAUACGGACAAUGCUAACAGAUCCGGGAGCUGUGCCCAAAGGAAAUGCCACUAAAGAGUACAUGGAAAGUUUGCAGCUGAAGCCUGGAGAAGUGAUCUACAAGUGUCCAAAAUGUUGCAGUAUCAAACCAGAGCGUGCUCACCACUGCAGUAUUUGCAAGCGAUGUAUUCGAAAGAUGGAUCACCACUGCCCAUGGGUAAACAACUGCGUGGGAGAAAAGAAUCAGAGGUUUUUCGUCCUCUUCACUAUGUACAUAGCUCUAAUCUCAACUCAUGCCCUCAUUUUGUGCGGGUUCCAACUUUUUUCUUGCGUCCGAGAACAAUGGACUGCAUGCAGUAGCUUUUCCCCACCUGUCACCGUAAUCUUGAUGAUCUUCCUGUGCCUUGAAGGCCUUCUUUUUCUGACUUUUACAGCAGUUAUGUUUGGUACCCAGAUACACUCAAUAUGCAAUGAUGAAACGGAAAUUGAACGACUAAAAAGUGAAAAACCGACCUGGGAACGCAGACUGAGAUGGGAUGGCAUGAGAUCUGUUUUUGGGGGACAGCCAUCUUUCCUUUGGAUUAAUCCAUUUGCGGGUUUACCAGUCAGACGUUUUCUCAGAGCAAGAAAAGGGGGUCCAGAAUUCUCAGUUUAACUUUUUCUUUUCUUUUUUUUUUUUGGAAUUACCCCAAUUGACUGACUUAUUUAUUUGAUGCCUGGAGGAUCAGCCCACAAGUUAUCAGAGCACAGCAAAAAUUGAAAUUGGAAAAUGAAAGAUUUUCAUCUCAAUCAAGGUUUAAUUUUCAUGAAGCCACUUUACUGAACGGCAUCACAGACAUGAAACUUUAUUGCAGUAUCAUUUGGAAAUCAACAUUCAAGAAUUAUCCUUGUAAAAUGGGAAAACUCCUAUUGCUGUAAUUUAUUCUUAUACAGGGUUGUUUUACACUUGAGUUGAAACCCCUUUUUAAUUGCUAAAUGAAAAUAUAGACAUGAUAAUUUUUGUAUAAUUGAAGCUGAAUGAUAAAUGUUUGUUUUGAUAAAGUUGUUUUAAUGAAUGCUGUAUGGCAGUUGUAGAACUGGUUUCCACUUUUGCCUACUGUAUAGUACACCCGGUGACCUGGUAGAGAAUUAUUGAAAAUCAACCAGAUAAUUUAGCUCUUGAGUAAAAAAACUUACCAAAAUACAGAAUACAAUGCACAUUGUUUUUUAAACAUGCAGCUCUCAAGCUGACCAUAGAUGGACAUCUGAUUGGUAUCCUUUCAUCCCUGGUUUAUCUAACUAUUGCAGUACUUCCCCUUUUUUGUUUUCUUGUUUUGUGGCUUUGUUUAAUUUUUUUGGCCACUCAGUUUAAUUACGCUGCCAUUUGAUCUACUAAGGUCAAUUUGGUUUUCCAUCCCAUUGUUUAUAUUAUGUUUUGUUUUGCUCCACCAUUUUUUUUUUAAUUAGUAUAUGGCAGAUAGAGAGGAGCCAUUCCCCUUAUAACGAAAGCUAGAGACAUUUUGACAGGUCAAGAAUGUCCUUUUAAAGAAACCUAAAGAUCCUUCAACAGUUUGAAUCACAGGAAUGGAAUAGGUGUGCUACUCUUUUUAGCUCUUGGCCCAAAUUUCCAAUUGUAUUACACUGAAAAUGAUGGGUAAAAAUCUUUGAGUUAAGAGCAGCUCAUCUGCCUUGUCCUAGUAUUUGCUAUCUAGGAGACAGUGAACACAUUUUUUCUUUCCCCCCCCCCCAUGGAAUGAUGAAAAAAACAUUGCUUCUGUAGAUUCUUUCUUGUCCAUUUGAAUACCAAUUUGCAGCAAAGCAUGAAUCAAUUUGUUCUAAUUAUGUCACUAAACGGACACUCAAACGGAGCAGUUGCUUUAGCUGGUUACAUUUUCCCAUGCAUACAGCAGUCAAUGUUAAACUUCAUUGUGCUAUUUAACAUUGUGGAAUCUGCGCUUUUGCCAUUUAUCACAUGCAUGAUUUUGGAUUUGUGGGGAAAAAGGAGAAAUAUUGACUUUAUGCACUGAUUUAUUGAAUAAAGUAUCAAACUCCUUGUUGAUCUAACACUAAAAUCACUGUAACUACCGUACAAAUUAUUUGAAAGCUUGGACUUUGCAGAUAUUCUAAAAAAAAAUAAUGUACAGUCUUGUAUAUUUGUCAUAUUUCCAGUAGUCAUCAUUGGAGUUGGAUCAGCAAAAAUUUAUAUUUCAGCUUGGAAUCUAAUAAAAUUAUCUGUAAAACUGGAUCAUAAAUUAAUGAAGCUUUUAUAUCAUCAACAUUUCUAUAAGUCAUACCAAUCAUAGUAUUAUUGUAUUUAAGAAUGUGAUGCGGGAAAUAUAUUAAUUUUUUGUGAAGUAUAUAAAACCAAUUGUCUUUAUCA